AGGAGGAGGAGUACUGGAGUAGUAUUUAUCAAUGUUAUAUUAGUAUAUCAUACGGUCCCGAUCUAAACAUACAUUAAAACACGCAUACAUUGCACACACAAAUAGAUAAAUCAAUUACUCUCUCUCUCUCCUCACUUUUUUGCUGCAGUUGAAAGCUUUCCGGCGGAUGAGUUUUUGGCAAUUUCCUCUCUCCACUUCCUCUCUCUAGCUUCCACUCCACCACAGAGUUUCAGGGUCGAGUUUGGUUUUAGGCUCCGCGAGCAUGCACAGGGCCUUUUGUGGUGUUUGAUUUGCAGGAUUUUGGGGAUUUAGGAGUGGGGUUGGGUGGGAAUUUUUGUGGGUUUUUUUUUUUGCUUGUCUGAUUGAAAUCUGAAAAUGGAGAGGGACUUUAUGGGUUUGAAUUCUAGGGAUUCUGUGGUUGUGGUGAAGGAAGAGGCUGUUGAAGGAUGCAAAGACUCAGGAGUUCAGUGGCCCUUGUCAAACAAGGUUUCUGCCUUUCCUCAUUUCAUGUCUUUUAAGGUUGCUCAAGAGGAAAAGGCACCAAAGGCCACAUCUGAUCCCGUUGCCUCUUCUGGAUAUAUGACUAUAUCAACUCCAGAUGCAUUUGACGCUACUCACAAACGCCAAGUGCAGCAAGUUAGUAUUGGGCAAGGCGGCACCCAUUUUUCAAUGACAACUUAUCCCGAGCAACACAAUGCGGUUUCGGUGCAUCUUUCUCAUGAUGUUAAGAUGGCAGCUGCAAAUCAACCAGUUUCUGUUUCCAUAGGCAAUCCUUUAUUCACAACCCAUUUUCUUGGUGCUGCUCAGAACUUUGCAGGUGCAACCGCGAAGACCCCUAUUGUGGCACCACAUUCAAUAAGCCCUUCUCUUGGUUCUGUUGCAGGAACCACCGAACCAUGGUUCAAUUCCAAGUCUUCUGGGGCUCCUCCUCAAUUGACCAUCUUCUAUGCUGGUACAGUGAAUGUGUACAAUGACAUCUCUCCUGAGAAGGCUCAGGCUAUAAUGUUCUUGGCUGGGAAUGGAUCUACCCCUGCUUCAAAAAUGGCACAACCAAGAGCUCAAGCUCAGGUCCCCGUCUCCAUACAGGCUGGAGGAGGGGAUGGUGUUCUUAUCAAUCAGCGAACUAAUACACCAACUGGCUCUGGCCUUUCAAGUGCUAUGUCUGUUUCUUCACAUCCAGUUGGUCAAUGUGGUAAUGGGACCACUACCAAUCAUGAACUGAUGGGAGUUAAACCAACUGGGGCUUCAAACUCUAACCCUCAAAAUGUAGUUACUUCUCUAGGACCUGCUGCAACUAUCAUGACACCAUCAGCAAUUCCACAGGCUCGCCAAGCAUCUCUAGCGCGUUUCCUCGAGAAGCGCAAGGAAAGGGUGAUGAACUCGGCACCAUACCUCACCAAGAAAUCUACAGAAUUUUCCUCUCCUUGAUCAAACGGUGCCGCUUCUCUGCGACUGUUGGUGCAGCUACGGGUUAUCUCUCAACCAGCGACGCAAGUAGCCAAUCUAACGGUCAAUUUCCAUUGCGGCAAUGUUAGCGCAUAUUUUUGUAGUAAAUGUAUCGUUAUGGCUUUUGUUGUCCUUUUUCAUUUGUGUAAUCCCAACUUGCUAGACUUGAAAAUUUAUCUAACUUCCUUUGCUGAGAGAGGAAUACCAUGGCUCAAACCCAUGAUGUGGCAUGUGACACCACUACGGAACUCAGAGCUUGGUUAUCUAAGUUCCUUUUGUUCUA